AUAUUGAAACCAGUUCAUUGAAGAUAUUAUAAAACAUCUCAUCAUGGAAGAUCACGAGGGAGUGUACGAAAUUAAACCAAGAAACAACCCUUACACUACAGACGACUUAUUGGUUCUUGAUAAGAUGAAAAAGAUUCCCCACGAUGCGACUGAGUUCAACGAGAAGAUCACUUUUACGUUCUGCUCGCGGGAGAUGUGGGGAGCGAUGGACCCGGACCCGCGGCUGCCCAUGAGGAAGGUCAAGUUUCCCGCGAGUCAUGUGAGGUUUGUAGACACGGGCACUGAUGAGUGCUACACGCCGUACGAGUGCUUCCGACUACUGCAACACCUGCAGAAAGACCACAUGGAGAAAGAGAAUCUGCCCGACAUCAAAUACAAUUUCAUGGUAGCAGCUGACGGAACGAUAUAUGAGGGAAGAGGCUGGAGAAACGACGCAGAUCGUCCCGAGAAAUUCAACCAUCUACAAACUAACUGCAUUGACAUCGCCUUCAUCGGCAAUAUAAAUGAUCCUAACCAUUCUGUCAUGAGGAACCCUUUCCCGAAGCAAAAGCAAGAACAACACGGGUUCAACUGGGCGAAUCAUGGGACUGACAGACACGGUUAUGUCGUAGAAAAAUUCGAUGUUGUUCAAGACCUCCUGCCUAAUAUGUUCGACCCAUUGUAUUUCAUGUAGAAUAAAAUAAUCGAGGGCUAGAAGUACUUAACAUGGUUGUGGCCAAGUUUGAUGAAUCAGCCAGGCUAUAUAUUGGGAUGCUGAAGAAAACAUUCGCCUGA